UUUUAAAGUAAAAACUCCAAACGGAAUCGAAAAUUUAUUGAGUGGAAAUAAAUCAGCUUAUAAUUUAUUUCGAAUUGAAUUACAAGAAAACUUCCAAUUAAUUACAAAAACGGCCAAUUCAAAUUUAACAAAAAACGGCGGUGGAGGGGGAUCCCCAGUUAAUUGCUCUCGCCGCCACAACAAUCAACAAAGACCUAAUAGUCCAAUGGAUAUUGCUGCAACUAAAAUACAAGCUGCAUUUCGUGGACAUCUUUUACGCUCUCACCCAGAAAAGUUUGGCUUGGACUCUACCAAAAUCAACGGAAUUUGCCAACGGCAAAGAAUGCGUCGAAAUUCAAAUGAACGAUUGGCUUUAUUUGAUAAUCGAAAAGAUUUAAAACGUCAUUCUGUCGGUGGUUAUAGCCACGCCCAACAAUUAACAGCAUCCCCUGAAGACCGUGCAGCAACAAAAAUCCAAGCAGAAAUUCGUGGGUAUUUAACUCGAAAACAUAUAGAAAAUGAAAAGAAACAAAACCAAACUGCCGCUACAAAAAUACAGGCACAUAUUCGCGGGUAUUUAACGCGUAAACACUUGGAAGAAAAAGGUGUUUUAGUUAGCCCUCCACGUUCUCGAACUUCUACAAAUGCUCGUUCUGAAAUGAAAAAUGGAAUUGAUUUUUGA